AUGAACCGGAGUGAAAUUCAAGCUUUGCCGAAUCGGGGCGCAGGUCCGGGAACACGAGCAAAGAGGCAGGGCGGGGCAGGACCCAAAUUGCAUAAGGGGCCUGGAAGAGUCCAGUGGGAGGUUGUGGAGCCGUUCCCAACAGCCAGGCCACCACCAAACAUGGGAUGGAGCGCCCCACGCUUGCCAGAACUUGCCCCACGGGAAGACCCCAUGCCUUGUCCACUAUCCGCAGAAAGAAUCAACUGCAACAGUGGCAGCCCUGAAGGAGACAGCGCAAACAGCCUCCCGACAGGCCUCAGCAGAGCAUCCGAAGAGGCCUACAUGGGUUUGGAUUCUGGGGAAGCCAAGGAGGAGCCCUGGGAAAGGGACACCAUCGCCCUGGAGGCACAAUGGCUGAACUUCCGACGGUUCCGCUACCAGGAGGUCGAGGGACCACAGGAAGUGUGCAGCCAGCUCUGGUACCUCUGCCACCGGUGGCUGAAGCCGGAGAGGCACACCAAGGAGCAGAUCCUGGAGCUGGUGAUUCUGGAGCAGUUCCUGGCCGUCCUGCCGCCGGAGAUGCGGAGCUGGGUCCGGGAAGGCAGGCCGGAGACCUGCUCCCAGGCGGUGGCCCUGGCAGAAGGUUUCCUGAGGAGGCAGCAAGCGGGUGAGAAAGAGGUGAGGGCAUUUCUCUCUUUUCUUUUUUGAAAUAAUUUUUAUUUGAUUUUACAAGUAUAAAGAUAUAACAAUCCAGCUAUACAUUUGUUGUUGUUUAGUCAUGUCCGACUCUUCGUGACCCCCUGGACCAGAGCACGCCAGGCACGUCUGUCUUCCACUGCCUCCCACAGUUUGGUCAAACUCAUGCUGGUAGCUUUGAGAACCCUGUACAUAUACAUAUAUGUACACUGUACAUAUACAACUAUACAACUAUACAACCAACUGUACAUAUCCAUAGUUAAAGAUUCAUUCGAAUCUCUGGACUUCCACCUUCCCCUCCCUGGGUCCUAUUGUUAACUUUUUCUACUGCAUAUUUUUCAGUAGUCCAUAUUUUAUCUGACCCCAUGGUUUCCAUAAUACUUGCUGCAUUACAAGUUUUAUUGCUAAUGUUUUUAUCUGCUGAUAGUGGUCUCCAAGGUAAAUUAUAAAUUUCCCCCAUUCUUUAUUAAAGUUUUGGUCUUCUUGGCUGCUGAACUUUCCAGUCAGUUUUGCCAUUUUGGCAUAGUCCAGCAGUUUAAUGUGCCAUUCUUCUCUGAUAGGGACUUUAUCUUCUUUCCAUCUCUGGGCUAGUAGCAUCCAUGCGCCUGUCAUCACAUACAUAAAAAGUCUUUUCUGCUCCUUUGGAAUGUCUGCAUCUAUAAAUCCUAAUAAAAAAGCCUCUGGUUCUUUUUUUUACAAAAGUUAAUUUGAGCAUUAUUUUCAUCUCAUUAUAUAUCAUUCCCCAGAAUGCUUUUAUUACCUUACAAGACCACCACAUAUGACAGAAGGUGCCUUAUUUUUCUUUACAUUUCCAGCAGAUAUUUGUACCUGCCUUAUACAUUUUUGCUUACUUACUGGGAGUCAGAUACGAGAGCAUUUAUUUCUAAGCCGACCCUGGCGGCAUUCGAACUCUGUGAUAAUACCGCAGUGUCGCCUGCUGGAUUCCCAAACAAUGUGUUGUUCUUUGUGGAAUUCUCAAAACAACGCAUUGAUGUUUGCCGGCUUCCCGAGACGCAUCUGAUGGGACACUGUGGGAAGAGAACGAUGGACUAGAUGCACCCGCCUUUUGAGUAGCUCAUCGGAGGACCAAAGGUCCACCCUUCUUUCCGGCACCCCUGCCCUUUUGCCCAGUACUUUUCCAUCCUACCCUGUUGCCUUUUUCCAGCUGCCUUGACAGGGUUGUGUCCUCCUGGUUGUUUCAGGUACUGCCUACGAAUCCCGCGGCUCCUUCAGAGGCCAGAGAGAAGCUGCCGCCUGUGGAAGUCAAAGAAGAGGGUGGCAAAGGUGGGUCCUCUUCGGGUAAGGUGGAAGUCCUUGGUUGCCUGGAGUACAGGCUUCUUCCUGUCCCGGGUCCUUAAACCUCAGCUCUGAUCUUCCCUGUCCCUAGAACAGGAGGUGCCCAUCUGAUGUCUAUGGGCGCACAAAUCUACAAAUGCUUUCUCCGGGGGCUGCAGGGUCAGCCCCGACAACUGAACUGGGGAUUGAAAGAAAUGUCCUAUUCUUCUUUGGGGAUCCCUCGUAGCUGAGUAAGAUUGUCUUCCAUGAACACGGUCUUAACAGUGAGUCCGUAAGUGACUGUGGAGGCCAAUUCUGGAUCCACACGUCCUUCCACAGUGGGGACAUAGGUUUCCGGGCGGGAGUUGAUCACAGUGAGGGUUUGCCAAGCGUGCCUUCCUCCUAGCACGUUUCUCCCUUGUGUCCUGAAUUUGAGCAUCUUCAAAGCCCAUGACACCUUUGGUAAAGGCUGUUCUAAUUUUUUAAGAUUUGCCUUUGGUUUAUCCUAUUGCAGUCAGUGCUUGAAAGGAGCUAGGCCAUACAUUUUAAGCGCUAUGAUACCUAUUUAAACUGUCAUGGCUUCCCCCCCUGCAGAGAAUUCUGGGAGCUGUGGUUUGUUAAUGGUACCGACAGUUGCUAGGAAGCACCUAUUCCCCUCCCAGAGCUACAGUUCCCAGAGUGGUAUAACUAUCAAUCCCUCCUCACAGGGAACUCUGGGAAAUGUAGCUCUGGGAGGGGAAUAGGGCUCCCCUAGAACACUCAGCAAGGGACGCGGGUGGCGCUGUGGGUAAAAGCUUCAGCGCCUAGGACUUGCCGAUCGAAAGGUUGGCAGUUCAAAUCCCCGCGGCGGGGUGCGCUCCCGUUGCUCGGUCCCAGCGCCUGCCAACCUAGCAGUUCGAAAGCACCCCCGGGUGCAAGUAGAUAAAUAGGGACCGCUUACUAGCGGGAAGGUAAACGGCGUUUCCGUGUGCUGCGCUGGCUCGCCAGAUGCAGCUUGUCACGCUGGCCACGUGACCCGGAAGUGUCUUCGGACAGCGCUGGCCCCCGGCCUCUUGAGUGAGAUGGGCGCACAACCCUAGAGUCUGUCAAGACUGGCCCGUACGGGCAGGGGUACCUUUACCUUUCCUAGAACACUCAGCACAACCACAACAAACUCCAAUUCCCAGAAUUCUUUGGAGGAAGCCAUGGCUGCUUAAAGUGCUUUGGGGGGGGGCACUGUGGUCUAAACCACUGAGCCUCUUGGGCUUACCAAUCAGAAAGUCGGUGGUUCGAAUCCCGGAGAUGGAGUGAGCUCCCAUUGCUCUGUCCCAGCUCCUGCCAACCUAGCAGUUCAAAAGCAUGCCAGUGCAAGUAGAUAAAUAGGUACCACUGCAGAGGGAAGGUAAACGUCAUUUCCAUGCGCUCUGGUGUUCCGUUGCGCCAGAAGCAGUUUAGUCAUGCUGGCCACAUGACCCGGAAAGCCAUUGUGGACAAACGCCGGCUCCCUCAGCCUGAAAGUGAGAUGAGCGCCGCAACCCCAUACAGUGGUACCUCUGGUUACAUACUUAAUUCGUUCCGGAGGUCCGUUCUUAACCUGAAACUGUUCUUAACCUGAGGUACCACUUUAGCUAAUGGGGCCUCCCCUUGCUGCUGCGCCGCCGGAGCACGAUUUCUGUUCUCAUCCUGAACCAAAGUUCUUAACCCGAGGUACUAUUUCUGGGUUAGCAGAGUCUGUAACCUGAAGCAUAUGUAACCCGAGGUACCACUGUAGUCGCCUUUGACUGGACUUAACUGUCUGGGGGUCCUUUACCGUUUUUACCUUUUUGCUUUAAAGCUAUGGUGUGAAUGUUGUCUCAGUUUUGCCCAUUGUGGAACUCAGCGGAGAGGAAGAUAGGGAGAAAUGUUGUGUAAUUCCCAGAGUAGUUCACCGAUCAAUCCCCCGUCACAGUGAACUGGGAAUUGUAGGCCCCAGAAGGAAGCCCUUAAAGAAAUAUGGCCCCUGGACUGCAAAACUUACCCCACCCUUGUGAUAAAAGUAUUUCUGCAAUCCCCGCUAUAAAUUUUGGUUUUGCCCCCGUCUCUUAUGGACUAAUACAGUGGCACCUCGGGUUACAUACGCUUCAGGUUACAGACUCUGCUAACCCAGAAAUAGCACCUUGGGUUAAGAACUGUGCUUCAGGAUGAGAAUAGAAAUUGCACGGCAGCAGCAGGAGGCCCCAUUAGCUAAAGUGGUGCUUCAGGUUAAGAAUGGACCUCCAGAACAAAUUACCGUAUUUUUUGCACCAUAACACUCACUUUUUUCCUCCUAGAAAGUAAGGGGAAAUGUCUGUGCAUGUUAUGGAGGGAAUGCCUACGUGUGGUGGGGGGGUGGGAUCUGCUGCAGUCGUGAGCAGAGGCUCCAUGGUUCCCCUUCCUUCCCUCCUACGUGGCUCACUUUGAAACAGCAAAGCGGGAGAAGAGCCGCUGAGUGGGGAGGAGAGAGGGACAGAGAACCUGCUUCUUUAAAGGAGCAAAGCGGGAGAGGAGAGGAGCCGCUUACACAAGUGUAAGCGGCUCCUGUCCGGUUGACUCCUUUAAAGCAAGCAGGUUCUCUGUCCCUCUCUCCUCCCCACUCAGCUCGCUAAAUAGCAGCAAAGUUCUUCAGCUCACUAAGCCGGGGAUGAGCGGAGAGGAGGGAGAAAAGCAGAGCCUGCUUGCUUUAAAGGAGCAAAGCGGGAGAGGAGAGGAGCCUUCUCCCUUUAUACCCCUCUUCUUCAUUAUUAGCAGCAUCCUUCUCCACACACCCCACGCGUGCUCCUUGUCCCUUGAGUGCUUUUCCUUCGGCUGGGGAGGGCGGGAUAUAAAUAAAAAAAUAAUUUAUUAUUGUUUAUUAUUAUUCCUUCCCUCCCCACUUAAAACGUAGUUACAAAGCACGGAUCCACAUGGAUCCUCAGGAUUUUUGCACUGGGUCACCCCAAAUUCACCAUCAGAUCACAUAGCAUGUCCAUGGCUACAUCUUGCACCAAAAAAAUCACGCACCCACUGUUGCCUGGGGCCGCAGUGGUGCAAAAACGUGGUUACAAAGCAUGGAUCCUCAGGAUUUUUGCAUUGGGCUACUCCAAACUCACUGUCAGAUCACAUGUCUGUGGCCACAGCAUGAACCACAAAAAUCAUACAUCCACUGUUUCGUUUAGAAUAUUUUUUUUCUUGUUUUCCUCCUCUAAAAACUACGUGCAUGUUAUGGUCGGGUGUAUGUUAUAGAGCGAAAAAUACGGUAAGUACGUAACCAGAGGUACCACUGUACAGCUUACUUUUGCCACUUACUAAGAACCAAGUUUAUCUGCAACAAUUAUAAUGUCAGCUACAACGUAAAACAGCUAUUCAAAGCAAGCUCAUAGUAUCAAGCUAUGCUAAACCCACAUUAAACCACUCCCUACCAAUUCACCGCAAACCAUUUCUCUAGAUUAUUGUUGCUUUCCUCUCCUUUAGGUGACAGCUGGCUGAAUCAGCAGGAGGGUAAGCCACAGCGGGAAAGGCCAACCCAAGUAGACCCUAAUUUGCAAUGUCAGGAUAACAAAACAGCUUUCCUGCCUUAUUCAGAGGCAGAGAUGGGAAGCCACCCGGAAGACAGUGUGAAUGAUCCUGAGAGAAACCCUGGGGAUUUUCCAAAGAUCACUCCCAAAGGCAAGAAGCAAAGGACUUGUAGCAUCUGUGGGAAGAGCUUCAGCCGCAGCACCGGCCUGAUCGCACAUCAGAGAAUCCACACCGGGGAGAAGCCAUACGAGUGCUCCGAGUGCGGGAAAACCUUCACAUUGAAGUCGAACCUGAUAGCCCACGAAAGGACUCACAACGGGCAGAAGCCGUACGAGUGCCAGCAGUGUGGGAAAAGCUUCAGCGUGAGCUCGCAGCUCAUUAAGCACAAGAGGACUCACUCGGGGGAGAAACCGUACAAAUGCGCUGAGUGCGGGCAGGCGUUCCGCCAAAGCUCGCACCUUAGAAACCACCAGAGAAUCCACACGGGAGACCGGCCGUUCAAGUGCUCAGACUGCGGGAAAAGCUUCAGCGUGAGCUCAGACCUGAUCCGGCAUGAAAUAUCGCACACGGGGGAGAAACCGUACCAGUGUCCCGACUGCGGCAAGCGCUUCUGCAACAGUUCCCAGAUUAUUACUCACCGGAGAGUCCACACAGGGGAAAAGCCGUACAAAUGCCUGGAGUGUGGGAAAAGCUUCACCGUGAGCCAGCAGCUCAGCAGGCACCAGCGAGUCCACACGGGAGAGAAGCCAUACAAAUGUCCCGAAUGCGGGAAAACCUUUGGUGUCAGCACACUCCUUACGGGACACCUGAGAAUCCACACCGGAGAAAAACCGUACGAAUGUUCGGAAUGUGGAAAAAGCUUCAGGCUGCGCUCAAACCUUAUUGCACAUCAGAAAAUACACACCGCAAGGAAAUCCUAG